AUGGCGUCAUCCUCUAGCUGUUCAUCAAGCUCUUCUGCUUGCUCUUCUAUAAAUGAAAUCGAGAUGGUCGGUGGUACGACUCUUGCUGAAAAGAAGAAAACAAAGAGCAAGGCCUGGAUCUACUUUGGACUGAGAGUUGACGAGAACAUGCAAGUGAUAGAGGCAAGCCAGCAUCAUCCAGUUUAUAGAAAGUGUGGGGCAGUUGUUCGAGCAAAAGAUGGUAACACAUCUAACAUCUCUCAACAUCUGCAUGAUGCUGAUCUAUUUGCUACUAUUUCAACUGAAUGCCACAGUGGAACUUGUGAGCGCACAAAGACACAACUAACGCUUGAGAGCUCAAUAGUAAGGCCAAAGUUGCUAUGCCACUAUAUACAGUGGAAAAGCAAGGAUUUCAACACGAUAUCGAAACUUGACCCAAGAUAUGAUAUUCCUUCUAAAAAGCUAUUUUCAUCUCAAGAAAUUCUAGCUCUCUACCUACGGGUAAGAAACGAUAUAAUCGAGCAGCUUAAGCAAGUGAAAUACUAUGCUAUAACAACAGAUUUGUGGACAAGUGGUUCAUGUGAACUAUAUAUUACUCUUACUGUCCACUAUAUUGAUGGCGAAUGGAGUCUGGAAUUGAAGUGUCUUGACACUGUUGCCUUGUUUGCUGAUCACACUGGUGAUAAUAUUGCCAACUGUGUCACUGAUAUCAUAGAUAUACGACUGUUAGAGGGAUUGGAGACUCUUGGCAAUUAG